CAGAAUAAAAGAAGUAGGAAGAAGUUUUCGGAAAGGGAAGGAUAAACCGUGAGGGGGAGGAGGAAAAGGGGCAUCAACAAUCCAGAUUUUUUUUCUUUCUCAGCUGCUGAAGCGUGCGCUCCGCUGUGCGCUUCUCAUUCCUUCUGCGCCACAAAGUGCCCAAAGCACCGAUCCAAGCCCCCAGACCGCUGCCGUGCAGCGAUGGAACCCUAAUCAAAGCGUGUUCGAACCGAACCGAGGACACAACUGGAGACCAGUAUGGAGAAGGCUCCGAUGGAAGCUGCAGUCUAGACGCGGCCGCACGCACAUUUAAAGACCCGGAUUUUUACACGAAGCCCACACGGAUUGUUUUGUGUGUGUGCGUUUUUAUUUUGUCGUUUCUCUCUCUGAUCGUUUUGGCUUCUUUUCGGCGCACUAUCACGUUGAGGAUGCAGAGGAAGGAGGCGAGCUUUUGCACGGGAUGCUGGAGACGUGCGCUGCUGUCGUGCGUCCUGGCGCUGCACUUGAUCCCGCUGUCGGUCCACGGAAAUGUUAUGAUGAAUGCCACUGAGCCAGAGGGCACAGGCAAUGCCACCUCCUUGCUUAAUGAGGAAGCUGGACCUGUUAAGGUCAAUGAAGUCAUUACCAUGGUAACCGGAGUGAGCCGCUCAGCCAGUCCCGACACAGUCAACACUGUUACCCCAAGAGCGGGCAGAAUCCCCCGCGCUGGCGAGGAGGAGGAGCAGAGCAGCGGCAUGUUCAGUGAAUCGGUGGUGCCCACAGUGGAGGACGUGGGUGUGGUGGCCCCGCCCCAGCUCAGCCCUGAUUCUGCUGAGACGGAGCACUUGCUGCCUAGUAACCCACGCAGACAGGAAAGCAAUGAAGGUGAAGAGGAGGAAGAUGAGGAGGAGCAUUUGCCUCACACUGAACCACCUUGGCUUCACGCUAAGGACACGGCUGUCGUUGACCUAGACCAUGUUCCCACCACCACCCCACCCUCAGCUUCCACCAAGCCCUCUUACCCCGACAUCCUCCAUGUAGACUUCUUUGACCCCUCCUCUCAUGGGCGAAGCCUGGACCUUGCCCCCCCGUCUCCUUCAUCACUGGCACAUGAGCUGCAGGGUGGCGACCCGACCUCCUGGGCGAUGCCUGACAGCUAUGACUACCUCACGCCAUAUGAGGACAGCGUGUCCCCCACUGCCGAUGAGUACACCUACAGUAUCACCACCGAUGCGUACGAGAGCGAUGAAGACCUUAGGAUAUCUGCUGGGUCUCCAUCUCGCCCCAGGCCCCCUGUCCCAGGAUCUAGCUCUUUCAAACCAGAAGCAUCAUUUCCUGGGAGGGGAGCCUCAGCACCAAGUGGCCCCGUAGCAGCUCCACCAGCAGCCUCACCGGUGGAUGGGUCACAUGGAAAAGGCGGGUGCCGUGUGGGCUACCAGAUGCAGAAUGGAAGCUGUCGCUCACGUUGUGACAUGUUGCCCAACUACUGCUUCAACGGAGGACAGUGUUACGUGCUGGAGGACAUGGGCGUCUUCUGCAGAUGUAAUGUCCAGGAUUACAUCUGGCAUAAGGGUGUUCGCUGCGAGUCGGUGGUAACUGAGUUCCAGGUGAUGUGCCUAGCCGUGGGCGCCUUGGCUGUCGUCGUCCUGCUGCUCUUCAUGAUUGUCGUCUGCUUUGCCAAAAAGCUCCACAUGCUGAAGACGGAGAACAAGAAGCUGCGCAAGCGCAGCAGUAAGUACCGGCCUUCAUUGGAGCAGCACAAUGAUAAUUUCUCGCUGUCCACCAUCGCUGAGGGCUCCCACCCAAAUGUAAGGAAACUGUGCGACACCCCUCCUAACGUCCCUCAUGCCCGUGCAUUGGCUUACUAUGAUAACAUUAUCUGUCAGAAAACCAUGAGCAGAUACACCUGGGAGUGUAAGACCAAAGAGGAGUCCGACUGUGAGGAUGAUCCUAAUUCCCAGAACAAGCUGGAGGACCCCUUGAAGGCCCCGCCCAAGGAGGAUGACUCCCUCAACAUCCACAACUCUCUGACCCCCAAACACGAGAACCAUAAGGUCCUGGGCGAGGACAACUCCUCGGAGGUAAACUCACUUCAGAACAACAUGAUGUGAAAUGAAACAAAAAUUUUAAAAAGGCCCCAGCAACCUGACAACACAAGGUGUGCCGCCAACGGGAGCCCCAUUGCCCUCCACGCUCUCUAUCCGUCCACUGCCGAGUGCGCCUAACCGGUCAACCUACAAACCAGCCUACCGACUUACCAGCCAACCAACCAACUCAGUCUGCAACUGACACGGCAACACUGCCACCAAGCGGCCCAGGCUGCCGCAAAAAAAAAACCUACACCGCCACUGUUAAAGCUGCGAGUAAAUAGCGCUCCUGACAACCCAUCCCACCACCGACUUGCGACUCCCCCUUUACAUCCACUCAUACCCCUGUUUCGCAGCCCCGCCCCUUUGUUGUUGUCACUGCUGUUCCUUAUACCUCCUACCUGCACACAAAAACACAUGCAAACAUAAAAAGCAUACAGACACGGUGAAAAGAGAAACCACAUUUCUAUGUACACCCACACCUUCUCCUGCCUGCAUUGGUGUAUUUUGUAAAAAAGACAGAAAUCUUACAGAAGUUUAAAAGGUACGUAAAAUGUCAUUGUAAAAAAAAAAGAGAAGAAAAAGAGGAUAAGCUAAAGCUACUGAGAGGUUUUGAUGUUUUGUCUGACUAAUCCAGUGAGUAUGUAUAAAUAUUGGGGGAAAAUAUGCUUGGAUUGAUUUAAAAGAAGCAACACAAUGUGUCUUGGAUUUAUUGAUGUGAUUUCUAAUCCUUUGAUGUACUUGUUUUAUUUUUUUCUUUUUGUACUUUUUUUGGAAUUUCAAACAAAAGAAACAAAAGAUAUUCAGACAGUUGUUGAAAUAAACCUUUUUAACAUGA